UUUCAAAUUCACUUGUUGGACCAUGGAUCAUGCCAAGGCGUUCCUGGACCUGUUGGGGUCGUCUAGCGAUGCCAUCUCGGAUGCGCAAGUCCGAGAUUCGUUCCGAGCGGAAUACGACAAGCUUCCUGCGGUGAUCAAUGACCUCGUCAGCGACGGCCGCAUCAAGAUCUUCCAACAAGGGUCGAACUUGAUGUAUGGCUUGGUGGCAAAGGAAGAAGCGGAACGCAUGCGUGGCCUCACGGUCGAGCAACGGGGCGUGCUUCAUGAGAUUGAAAAGGCGGGCAACAAAGGCAUUUGGACGCGCGACAUCAAGACAAAAACCAACAUCCCGGAAGUGAUCAUUCGAAAAACGAUCCGUCUGCUCGAGACCCGCCAUCUCGUGAAAGCGGUCAAGUCGAUCAGCCAAAAAAACAAGAAGCUGUACAUGCUCUUCGACCUCGUGCCAUCCCGCGACAUCACGGGCGGGCCCUGGUACAACGAGCAAGAGUUCGACCACGACUUUAUCGACACAUUGCGCAACUUUGUGUGUCAGUUCAUCCGCGCCAAGGGUAUUGUCACGCUCAAGCAAAUCACAGACAAAGUCCACGAAUCUGGCAUUGCCAAGGUGUCGCUCGGCCCCGACGAAAUGAUGUCCAUCCUCAAUACACUCAUCUACGACGACCGCGUCGAGGAGGUCCGCGCGGCGCGGCUCGCGAACGGGGAAUGGCGAGACGUGUCGUACAAAGUAUCGAGGGAAGUGACCGACUUUGACUCGCUGUCAGACACGCCCUGUGGCAUUUGUCCCGUGUUCGAUCAGUGCGCGGACGGCAACAUCAUCUCCCCUGCCACGUGCAUCUACCUCACCAAGUGGUUGGACAUCCAGGACGAGUUUUAAUCCUACAUACUAUCACACCAACACAAAUAUUAGUACUACGAGCUAUGAUCUAAUAGUACUUAGUACUUUCUGUACA